AUGUUCGGUGUCUCGCCUUUUUUCUCGCUGAUCACAUCGAUAACCCCCGGAAUUUAUGAAGUCAGUUCAUAUAACAAUGAACGAAGAGGAGAGGUCAUCAGAACGAAGAGGAGAGGUCACCAACACGAAGAGGAGAGGUCACCAGAACGAAGAGGAAAGGUCAUCAGAACGAAGAGGAGAGGUCACCAACACGAAGAGGAGAGGUCACCAGAACGAAGAGGAGAGGUCACUAGAACAAGAGGUCACCAGAACGAAGAGGAAAGGUCUCCAGAACGAAUAGGAGAGGUCAUCGUCAGCAGAACGAAGAGGAGAAGUCAUCAGAACGGAGAGGUCACCAACACGAAGAGGAGAGGUCUCCAGAACGAAGAGGAGAGGUCACCAGAACAAAGAGGAAAUGUCUCCAUAACGAAGAGGAGAGGUCACCAACACGAAGAGGAGAGGUCACCAGAACGAAGAGGAAAUGUCUCUAUAACGAAGAGGAGAGGUCACCAACACGAAGAGGAGUGGUCACCAGAACGAAGAGGAGAGGUCAUGAGAACGAAGAGGAGAGGUCACCAACACGAAGAGAAGAGGUCAACAGAAAGAGUGGUCAUUAGAAGAGGAGAGGUCACCGAAGAACGAACGAAGAGGAGAGGUCACCAAAACAGGUCGAAGAGAACGAAGAGGAGAGGUCACCAGAACGAAGAGGAAGUCAUUAAAGGAGAGGUCACACGAAGAGGAGAGAACGAAGAGGAGAGGUCACCAGAACGAAGAGGAGAAGUCACCAGAACGAAGAGGAGAGGUCAAACCAGAAACGAACGAAGGGAGAAGUCACCAGAACGAAGAGGAGAGGUCAUCGUCAGAACGAAGAGGAGAGGCAGAACGAACGAAGAGAAGAGGUAA